CUUUCUACCAGCUGGGGCUUUUAUUUCAGUUCAAUAUGGCGCUGUUCGGGAGAAAGGCACUUUUUGUUGGACGCUGUGCAGUUAGCUUGUUGUGCACUGCCAUCAGAACACGACAGCUGCACAUCAGGCUUCCUUCGAACAUCCGUAGGAACUGGAUUUCUGUUGGCAUCUCAGGUGGCCUGUGUGCUGUUCCCUUCAUACAGGACAGCAUAUCCCAUGAAGCCUUAAUCCGUAGAGCCUCAUCUCUGGUGACCGACAGUGCCACUACCUUUCUGUCUCAAACUACACUGGCACUAGUGGACUCACUCACUCAGUAUACUAAGACAGUGCAUACCCUCAUAACUCUGCACAAGCGCUAUGUGGCAAAUAUCAACAGACUAACUCCUGAAGAUGAGAAUGCAGUAUGGCAGGUGAUAGUUAAGCAGCGUGAGCAGCUCAUCAAAUACAAAGAAGACUACAAACAAUUUGAAAACAACUGGAUGAAUGCAAUUAACUUGUUACAGCUUGCAGCUGAAGCAGCUUUUAAUGCAGGAGCUGACCAGGCUUCAGCCACAGCACAGACUAACUUGCAGAUAGCACAGUCUCAUGUAGAACAGGCUCGACAGCACUACCUUGAGGCAGAACAGAAACUGAAAGACAGCAAUGCGGAGUUCAGCGAGAGACCCAAGAUCACUUCACCUGCAGUGGCAGGAAACGAGGACGAAAUUCCAGAGGCUUAUCUGAGAGAGGACUAGUGACGAGCAGCAACAUGCACAUGCAGUUCUUCAUCUUCACCAAUCCAGAUAUUUGCUUCUGUGUCUGCAGUUUAGAUGUUUUUGCACAACGUUUUUUAAUAAUAAUUUUCUAAUGAAAAAUUAAAUUACACAAGAGAUCAUAAUCCCAAUCUUUUUUAUUUUUAUUACUUUAUUACUAUUUUUUAAAGGUAUUUAUUUGUUAUAAUUUGGUUUAGAGAUGCAAUAAAAUUCUUGUAUGAUUUAAGAUGAAUUCAGUAAAUGUUAAAAUUCUCCUCAUCUGUUAAAUUUUUAUUAUUAUUUUUUUUUGUUUAAUUUGAAGAAUCCCUUUAAUAUGUUGUUUGGCUUCCUCUAUUAAAGGAAAUUUACAAUAGAAGUUUGCAUAGAGUGGGUGUUGGGGUCAGUUUGAGGAUGACACCUGACCUUACAUACUGUGAAGCCUUUAUUCUGAUAUUAUACGUGUGUGUGCGUGUAUGUGUGUGUAACAAAAAUCUUGGAAUCUUGGCUUUUGUGAAACACUGCUGUAUAUGCUAAUGAAAUAAACUGUUUUGACAUGAAGUAAUACAUUUUAAUCAUUUAAAUUAAACUAAAAUAAUUUUUAUAAAAUGAAUAUUUUUUUUAAUAAAUUGAUUUUUGAGAAAAAUGGAAA